AUGGGAAACAGCAGAUUUAUCCCAGCAGCUGAACUGAGCCAUACAGAGACAGGGAGUGGGGGGAGGGUGGCCCAACAACAGGCUGCAAUAGUAGUGAGCGGUACUACCACCACAACGGUGGACACAGGCACACAGAGUCAGGAACGUCCUCCUUUUUCCCCCAAGAGUCCCAGAAGUCCCAAGAGUCCAAGCAAAAUAGGGGACCUCAGAAAGCUGACUGAGAAGUUUGAAGGCAAGACUGGGAAAGAUGGAGCACGUUCUGAGAAGGUUGUGGAGAAGAGGUCUGUGGCCGUCGGGGAUGACAUGUUGCUGGACGCUGGGGUCUUCUACUACAGCCAAGGUACCAAGGAUGCCUCAGAGGGCACGCCUCAGGUGGACGUCUGCGAGAAAGGUGUGGCCACGGAGGCACCGGCCUUCCGUGAGGAGUGGGUGCAGGCUGGGGUGGAGACAGAGGAGGCCUCGGUUUGGGUGAUGGAAUCCCAGCUGGGGCUGAGCAGUGAAGUCCAGAGGGAGAUUGACACCCUACAGGACACCAUCAAGUUCCAGCAGGAGUCCAUCUUGGCUCUGGAGGGGCGAGUCGGCCAGGCUGACGAGGACCUGGCGGUGCUCAAAGCCCAGGAGGAUGAGAGGAAAUCCAAAGCAACGUCCGAGAAGGCGGUCCUUGCCAAACCAGACUCAGCCCAUGCCCAAGUGGGGACCGAAGCCUCUACAACAUCCACGCCAGCUUCACAGCAUGUCGCAGUCUCCUGUUGUCCUGAGGUGGUUGACGCUUGUGUAGGUGAGGAUUUGAGAGCCAUACAUUACGACCAGAGCACUCAGACUGACUCUGUGGAGAGCCCUGCAGAAGAAGAACCAACCCCAGUAGCAUUGGUCAGCACUGGGAGUCAAUGGGAGAAUCUGUACGAGGAUGAGACUAUAGAGCAGAAAGCUCCAGUCACUGCGCUGAAGAAGAGACAGAUGACCAUUGCAGAGUACAAGGUCACCCCUGAGGAGACGGUCAGUUUAGAGGGAGGGAAAGAGGAGGAAACGGCGCCCAGGACACACACAACUCCAACAAUGGUGGAAAGUAUGCUGAAGUCCAUCAUGAAGAAGAAGGAUGGGAUUAGUUCCGGUGAAUCACGUAGCAGCGGCAAGAAGAGCUUGCAGUUUGUUGGCAUUCUCAAUGGGGGGUAUGAGUCGACAUCUAGUGAGGAGGAGGAGGAAGAGGGGAGUUCCUCAGGUGACAGUGAAGUGGAUGAUUGCUCGGACACUAGUGAUGGCGAAGAUGGAGAGGCAGCUCUGGAGGAGACCUCCGAUGAAGAGAGGAACAUUAAUAUGGAUGACACCGAUAGUGAUGAUAUGGCCUUAGAAGCAGGGACUGGAGCCACUGAGGACAGUCCAGAUGCAGUGAAAGAGAAAUUUGAGCUGAGUGCAAAAAUGCAUGAGGCUUCUCUCAUUCUGAAGAACCACCUGAAUGAUGAUGUCAAAACACUGAAGAGUAAAGAAGUGCUCUCCAGCAUCCAUACUGUGCAGCUGGAAUGGUUCCGCAUCUCUAGUGCAAAGAUGGCCCAGCCGCCUCGUGUCUCAGACUACCUGAUGGCCUUCACUGAGGUCUCCUCUGCCCUGCUGGCCCACGUCAUCAACAUGACCGAUGGCAAUGGUAACACGGCCUUGCACUACAGCGUCUCCCACUCCAAUUUCACAGUGGUGGGGCUACUACUGGACACAGGCAUGUGUUGUGUGGAUAAGCAGAACAAGGCAGGCUACACUGCUAUCAUGCUGGCGGCCCUCUCAUCUGUGAAAGAGGAGGAUGACAUGGUGGUGGUCAGGAAGCUCUUCAGUCAGGGCAACGUCAACGCCAAGGCCAGCCAGGCUGGCCAGACAGCGCUGAUGUUAGCCGUUAGCCAUGGACGGCAGGAGAUGGUGCGGGCGCUACUGGACUGCGGGGCUGAAGUGAACGUGAAGGAUGACGAGGGCUCCACGGCGCUCAUGUGCGCCAGCGAGCACGGCCGCGCCGAGAUUGUCUCGCUGCUCCUGGAUCAGCCGGGCUGUGACAUCUCCAUCGUGGACAAUGACGGCAGUAAUGCGCUUUCCAUCGCCCUGGAGGCCUCUCACAAUGACACAGCUGUGCUACUCUACGCCCACAUGAACUACACCAAAGCCCAGGCAGCUGGGACAAACAAGUCUCGAAGCCCCACUAGUCCUCAAAAGACAUGGCCUGCUGCGGAGUGAUUUACCACCAAGAUAGAAAAACAAACAUUACUGGACAUAAGCGUUGAAAAAGCUCCACUGGAAUAUUGCAGCUGUCUACAUAAAUAUAUGUAUUUAUAUCAUGGCAUACGUUAUUCAUUUGUAUUGUUAAUAUAAGAUUGUUAUUUUUCCAUAAAUGUCAUUAUUAUAUACGAUACUAAUCUGCAUUUGCAACAUUUCUAAUUCAAGGUCUGCAGCAUUUAGUUUUCUAUGAUACAGUAAAGCAGACCUCACAUUUAUUUGCACUCAUUUACUGUGUUGAGUUUUAGUUCCCCUCCCUCUUUAACUACCUUCUCAAUCUUCAUGCCAAUGUCAUUCAAGUCUGCACUAACUGUCUAUGCCUUGUAUAUUCAUGUAUUGAUUUUCAUGUAAAAAAUAAACAUAUAUUUACAUAACAUGUGA